AUGGGUCCCGUGCCCGCCGCCGGAGGCCCUGGAUCGGGCCGUGGAGGCCGGCCACAGCACUAUGUCCCUCCCCACCACCAUCACCACCACCACUAUCAUCAACAGCCUGCCGUCGUGGGCCAGUCCAUGUAUCCCGGCUAUAUGGCGCCCAUGGCCAACGCCUAUACAGCUGCUCCUUAUUAUGUACACCACCAGCCCUAUUCAAACGGCGCAAUGCCCAGUCCGGCCUACAUGCCAUACCCUCCAUCCACCGGCUACGCUCGGUCGCCGCCGUCCAUGCAGCACUACCAUGUGCCACUGCCGCAGACUUACCCCCGGCUAGCCCAACACUCCCCGAUCGUGUCCUCGCCCUACCAUGUUCCGCCGCCGCCCGUACCGACCACAAUUCCUCUGCCACACACGCCGUCUUCAACACACUCCCACGUUGUGCCUCCCCCUAUGACCCCUUCCGUCCAGCAGGUACAUGAGAUGGUUCAACGUCCAGAGUCAGCACAAACGUUGCAACAUCCCGAGCCUGAGCGUGAGCCGCAGCCUCACCCCGAGUCUCAGCCGGUAGCCCAGCCAGAACAGGAGCCCUCUCAACAACACUCCGUACCCCAAGCUCAACAGUCCCCGACACGAUCCCUGCCACUCCACAACGAACCCUUUCGACCGCCGUUGCCUUGGCUAUCAGUUCCUGAUGCCCCAUUUCCCUCUCGAGCAUCCAAGCUAAGGAGAAGGAAACUGCUAGGUGCCGAUGCUGAGCGACUAGAGCUGCCUAACCAACACAAUCCGGUUGCAGAGGCUUCUUCUGCACCCCGUAAAGACGUUGCCGCCGAUGAGAAGCAGGAUCACAAGUCGGAAACCCGGCAACAGGCUGUCAGCACCCCGCAACCAGAGUCUAAUACUACCAAUGAGACCCUCCCCGCCCGAUCCGAGACCCCUUCUACACAAGACCAGCCAUCUGAGGAUACCGUAUCAACCUCUCCUACCACGCCGAGCUCAGUGCAGCAACCCCAAUCAACGCCAACAAUCGCCGUGAAACCGGUUGCGCAAUCGACCGUCUCUGCAGUUCCCGCAGUCCCAGUGAUCCCUGCUUUGCCUAAAGCUGGCCCCAAGGAACCCAAGCCUGCUGGCGGUGCCGAGAACAGCUCUGGCGAUGCCAAGGUUAGCGCUGAUGCCGCUGGCAGUGUGUCGGGCGAAACGCCAGCAGAUAGUUCGGCCGACACAGCAGAGGCGACAACAGACGCUGUCCCGUCCGCACCUGCUCCGCCGAAGCCAAAGUUGUGGACAGGUCUUUUUGCAAAGCCUGCGCCGGCUGCCAGCCAGAGCUCGGCCACUAUUGCGUUCAAAACCAACGGUGACGCAGCCGCUGGGACCAGCAGCACGUCGGGCGCAGGGAGCGGUUUUGCAAAGGCUAAUGCAAGCUCACUGGCCGAAGCCCUGGAAGCAUACCGACCAGGUGCCCAAGACAAGCUGGUCUUUGUAGAGCCCAGGGGAUUAGUGAAUACGGGAAAUAUGUGCUAUAUGAAUUCUGUUUUACAAGUUCUCAUCUUCUGCAUUCCUUUCUUUGACUUCUUGGAUCAAGUGGGCAAGAAGGCUGCCCACAGCUUCAAGAGCGACACCCCACUGCUGGAUGCCAUGAUCAUGUUCAUGCGCGAGUUCAAGGUAAUUGACUCUGCGGCCUCGGCCGAGCAGCUCAAGAAAAGACUGAAGAGCGAAGAAUACGAGCAAUAUGGCGAGCCCUUUACCCCCGAGUUUGUUUACGAUGCCAUCCGCAAGCUGCCGCGCUUUGCAAGCAUGAGACGUGGUCACCAGCAGGAUGCUCAAGAGUUUCUUGGAUUCCUUCUCGAAGGCCUGCAUGAUGAAUGCUCCCAGGUGAUGCGUGCCGCGUCCACGUCGAUCAGCUCGACCGCCCCAAGCUCGUCGCUCCCAUCUCCCACCUCCAAUGUUCCAUCCGAGGGCGGGGAUGACUGGCUCGAGGUAGGGCCGCGUCAGCGCUCGGCCGUCACCCGGUCCUCUGGCCACUCGCAUACGUUAUCGCCAAUCACCAAGAUCUUUGGUGGGCAGCUUCGCUCUGAGCUGCGCGUCCCAGGCAACAAAAACUCGGUCACUCUCGAGCCGUACCAGCCUCUCCAGCUGGACAUCGGCUCGCCCGAAAUCCGGAAUAUCAUUGAUGCCUUGAAAGGGCUAACGCGGCCAGAGGUCCUUCACGGCGACUUCAACUCCCCGCACGGCAAAGACGUCCGGGCCACCAAGCAAGUGUUUAUCGAGUCGGUGCCUCCGGUUCUUAUUCUCCACCUGAAGCGGUUCCAGUUCGAUGCCGAGGGCCUCGGCGGCACCGUGAAGAUUUGGAAGAAGAUUGGCUACCCGUUGGAGUUUGAGUUCCCCCGAGAGGUUCUGUCGCGACAGAAGCGCAACAGCAUCCUCGCCGAGAACUCUGGCGCCCCGCGGUACCGGCUGAUUGCCGUCGUCUACCACCACGGGAAGAACGCCAGCGGCGGGCACUACACGGUGGAUGUCCGUCGUCAAGAUGGCCGCGAGUGGAUCCGCAUUGACGAUACAGUCAUCAGACGCGUCCGGGACGAGGACGUUGCCGAGGGUGGCGCAGAGGAGGACGCGCCCAAAGUGGGUUCUGGCGACCACGGCCGGAGGGAGGUUGGCAACCCCGGGACUAGCAAUAGGUUUGUUGGGAUCAACGACGAGGAUGCCGGCGACGACGGUGGCUGGAAGCAAGCGACCCCAGGCAAGAAGUGGAGCAGCGUUGUCAACGGCGGAGCCUCGCCAGCCAGCAGCAGCAACGGACAGAAAGCCGCCGCAAAGCAACACAAGGAGAGCAUGAAGGAGAACAAGGUCGCGUACCUGCUGUUCUACCAGCGAAUCUGA